UUGACAACUCUGCACAUGACACCCCGUGUCACGGCACAUCGCUCAUCAGAUUAUAAUACCGAGAGAGAAAGACAGCUGAAUAUAUCCCUAAAGCGUCAGGAAAUCACUCGAGAAGAGCUAGCACCCACAAACGAGUCAUUUCCUUGACAGUUUAUAUACAAGUAUUUAUAACAUGGAUUUAGGAGGAGAAACGAACGCUUCUACUGCUGAGAACACUCCACGAGUUCUGGUGACUGGAGCAUCGGGAUUUAUUGCUUGUCAUGUUGUAAAGCAGCUUUUAGAGGAAGGGAAAUUUAUCGUGAGGGGAACUGUAAGGGAUUUAUCCGUCGACAAGAAAGUUCAGCCUUUGAGAAACCUCUGCCCAGACUCGAAAUACCCAUUGGAAAUCGUUGAAGCUGAUCUUAUGGAUGAAGUUUGCUGGGAAAGAGCUGCCAAGGAUUGUCAGUAUGUUCUUCAUAUGGCCUCUCCAUUCCCAGCAUCAAACCCUAAGCUGGAAAGUGAUAUAAUUGAACCAGCAGUAGAAGGAACAAGAAGCGUUCUCAAGGCGUGUGCUAAGUGUGGCGUCAAGCGUGUUGUACUGACAAGCUCAAUAGCUGCUGUAUCUUUUGGCCAUGAUGACUCACGUGUGCUUACAGAGGAAGACUGGUCUAUUGAGAGUGAAUGCUUUCCAUAUGCAAAGAGCAAGCUUCUAGCUGAAAAGGAAGCAUGGAAGCUUGUUGAAGGUUUACCAGGUGAUGAAAAGUUUGAGCUAGUAGUGAUAAACCCUGGUCUGGUAUAUGGACCAGUAUUGCAAGGAUCUAAUUGUACUAGUAUGGAGAUUCCAUGCCGGCUAUUAGAGCGCCAGAUGUUAAUGGUCCCCAAGUACAACCUUGGUAUUGUUGAUGUGAGGGAUGUUGCCAAAGCCCAUAUAUCUGCAAUAACAGCCCCAAACGCACCAGGUAACCGUUAUAUAGCAGUCACAGGAAACAUGUGGGUUCAUGAAACUGCUAGAAUAUUGAAUGAUGAAUUUCGACCACAAGGAUAUAAAGUCCCUACCAUGGUGGCCCCUAAGUUGGGGCUUUAUGUGGUGGCGUUGUUUGACAGCAGUGUCAGGAUGAUUCUCCCUGAGGUUGGCAAAUGUGUUACGUUCAGCAAUAAAAAGAUCAAGGAAGAUCUUGGGUUUGCUCCAAGGGAACUGAAGGAUACUGUUAUUGAUAUGGCUUACUCCAUGAUCGAACAGGGAUUCGUGAAGAAGACUCCUAAAUACCAUGGGCCGCCAGCUACAAAUAACUCCAAUAAUCACACAACAAACUCGGAAGAGAGCCAAAAAGUCGCACAAUAAUACUAGCAAGUAGUUAUAAGAGAGUAUAUUAUGGAUAGAUGCAUUGUAUGCCUGGGUGUUAGGGGUAAAUAUUUUGAGGCAAGAGGAGCAGAGCUCUGUCUCUUGCAAACAAGUUUCUUCAAGUGUAUACAAGUUAAAAAAUCAAUUGAUACUUGAUUUUUUACUCUAAAAAUGAAUGACUCUACAGUUUAUGGAGAAGGGUGAUUUUCGACAUUUUGCCUGUCAAUUGAAUUGGACUGAGUUACUGGAUCUUGGUCAAGAAAUAUAAAAGGACAGCUGUGAGUGAUUGUCUUAUUUAUAAAUUAUAAGAAUAUAACUAAAAACGCAAAAUAUAUAUAAGUCUUCAGGUAAAGUGUAUAUUAUCAGCUAUAAUUAAAUGUUGAUUAUUAAUGUAAGCUUAUUUUUUAUAUGUCCUUUUGGCCUUUUUUAUUAUUUAUAUAUCAUACUGUUGAAUAGGCUUUGACAUAAUGCAUUCAUUUUUAAUGGAAUUUAGCAAAUUUGUGCUUUAAAAUUGUCAUACUUUUGGCUAAGUAGCGUAGAAUUUUACACUAACUGUAUGUUAUGGUAGUACUGUAGAAGUCAAGGUAAAUCAUAGCUUGCAAAAAAGCGCCACUGCCAUUACAAGUUUGUUUGUACUGUGGCAUGUUUCUUAUAAUAUGUCCCUUUCGAAGCUCUUAGGUCUAAAUCACAGCAGUAAAACACAGUAUGACUACAGGAAAAUACACAAUAGAACAAUAAAUAUCUAUCAUUUUUCUUGUAAUUUAAAUCACACAAUACAAAAAAAACAUGCAUUCCAUAUAAACAUCAAUAAAAUAUAAAGUACAUUCAUUUAAUAAAUUGAGCUAUUAUUUAA